GGUGCAGAGCGGAGCAGGAUUCCGGAGAGAAGCCGCGCGACCGAAGAAGACAUCCUGGUUUGCAUGUACCAUUGAAAGGCAACGCCAGCGCCGAGCGGGAGCAGCAGCAGCAAGGAGCUUGGUGAUUUCCCGGCAGCUGAGGCGGAGCGGAAGACGGCUUGAUCUCUCCAAAACCACUUGCUGGAAGUAGGUGUCAAAAGAUCAAAGAAGUUGGAGGACUCUGAGAAGAAAAGAAAUCUGGUUUCUACAGGAUCCAAUCUGAAUUAAAUGGCUGAUAAACAGAUCAGUUUACCUGCCAAGCUGAUCAAUGGAGGGAUAGCUGGGCUAAUUGGGGUCACUUGUGUAUUUCCUAUUGACCUGGCAAAAACUCGCCUGCAGAAUCAGCAGAAUGGCCAGAGGAUGUACUCCAGCAUGUCUGACUGCCUCAUUAAGACAAUCCGGUCCGAAGGCUAUUUCGGAAUGUACAGAGGGGCUGCUGUGAAUCUAACCCUUGUGACUCCAGAAAAAGCCAUCAAGCUAGCUGCCAAUGAUUUCUUCCGACAUCAUCUUGCUAGAGAUGGGAAGAAGCUGACCCUGCUGAAGGAAAUGCUGGCUGGCUGUGGGGCAGGGACCUGCCAGGUGAUUGUCACCACUCCCAUGGAGAUGCUCAAGAUCCAGCUGCAGGAUGCAGGCCGAAUCGCUGCACAGAAGAAACUUAUGGCAGCACAGGCCCAGCUGAAUCCCUCAAGUGGGGCUGCUGCAGCAGAGUCGGUCAUGGAGUCACGAACCACAGCGAUGCAAAUCACAAGGGACCUGCUCCGGAGCAAAGGCAUUGCUGGACUUUAUAAGGGACUUGGAGCUACGUUGCUAAGGGAUGUACCUUUUUCCAUUGUUUAUUUUCCACUGUUUGCAAACCUGAACAAACUGGGACAGAAGAGCCCUGAUGUAAAAGCUCCCUUCUAUGUGUCCUUUCUUGCUGGGUGUGUGGCAGGAAGCACAGCUGCAGUCGCAGUUAAUCCUUGUGAUGUAAUCAAGACACGACUGCAGUCCUUGCAGAGGGGCGUCAAUGAAGACACAUAUUCAGGGAUAGUAGACUGUGCCAGGAAAAUCUGGCAGAAAGAAGGUCCCGCAGCCUUUUUGAAGGGGGCAUACUGCAGAGCCCUGGUCAUUGCCCCCCUCUUUGGUAUUGCACAAGUGGUCUAUUUCAUCGGCAUUGCGGAAUACAUCCUAGACAUGCUGCCAAGGCGCCGGGAUUAACUUCCUCACACCUCUUCCCAUCCAUUUGGAAUUCAUCAUAGUAUUUUGUGUUCCCUUUCUUGUCAUCGUGAUGUCAGAGCAACAGUACAAAGGGUUAAAGUGGUCACGGUGGGAAUGAGCGUUGUCUCCCAAUCAAGUUAUUUUUCAUCUGCUCACCACAGCCCCCUUCAUUAUCCAGGGAAGAUAUCUAAUUAUGCAUAUCUAUUUUGAAAUCAUCAGUCUCAAAGACACUGGCUAGCACGGGCCUGGUGUAUCUCUUGGUUAAGGGAAAGCUGAUCCGCCUGUGUCCUCCGAAUUACCACCCAGCCAGGACAGAGCAAGAGACCUCACUUCUCCGCCCUCAUUCCUGAUUGUAAGGCAUCUGGAGAAGAGAAGGGGCAGGUACCCAUGAAAAGGGAGGUUAUAUUAUCAAUUCAAAAGGCAGAAAUCAAAAUGUGUGCUUUUAAAUAGGUCUCCUAAGCAUCCUUCCCCCAGAUUCCCUGGACUCAAAGGAACUCUGUGGACAUCAAAGGAGGUGGGGAAAGGGAACGGUGAAUCUUCUGUGUUGAUUUUAUGAAAGGGACAACCUUCCUCAGUGGGUGCGCUUGGGCAGAAGGUCUUCCCUGCGCUUCUGCUCUCAAGCUCCACGGAGCAGGUCUGUGGCAACACGGUGCUGUCCAAUGUUAUGAACUAGCUAGCUGUGAAACAUGGUGGCGUGGGAAGAACUGAAUCCUUUUGGGAUCAAUUUUUAUUUUAUUGUAUGCCGGGGGGGGAGGGGGGACCCCAAUGUGGUAAUACAUUCCUUUCAAUAUGCCUGAACGAUGCUGGUAAUGCUGCUGUCCUGCCCUGGUCUUUCGAUUGUGUCUUUUGAACCGUGCCUAGAGUAAGUGUGUUCCUCCCGUUUUUGUUUUUUUUUUCCCUCCGGGAGCCCAGAUAACGCCAAAUGCUCAUUUAGGAAGAGCUGAUCUCUGUUGUGGCUGUAACACACCACACAGUAUAGAGAAACACCACUCAUCUGAAAUCAGUGGAAACCAUCUUGCACAUUUCUUGAGGGUUGCUGGAGUGAAAGGAAGGAGUUUCUUUCCCAUUUGCUGGGUUUUGUUUCUUUUUAAUGGACCUCCAAUGAAUUGGGACGACAUGCUAGCUGGUUUUUCCCAUCCAGGCCAAAACUGGCAAUUGAAGGUGGUUUGUGUGUCUGUUUCAGAGCUUGGAAAAGUUACUUUUUGAACUGCAGCGCCCUGAAUCCUCCAUUCUAACACGUCCACUAGAUACAUGGGCUGACUGAUCCUAGGAGUAGAAAUCCACAGGUGUAAUUUUUCAAACUUCUGCUCUGAAUAGAGACGGCCUGGCUUUCCCAUGUUCUUUUCAACGGUUGCUUAGAGACAGCUUUGCUUUUCUGGAAAAAUAUCAAAGCCAGUGCUGAUACUGACCCUGUUGUUUCUUUGUAUUCUGCUCUUUUCUGAUUACUCUCAGUACUUCAGCUACCUGCCUCUCAGGGCUGAUAUAGUGCUGCUUAAAUUUCCAAUAUCGCAGGACAUUUUUUGAAAAAACCCCACACACAACCCUUGCUCUUCACAUUUUUCACAAUGCUCUUUUUUUGGUUUUGCUUACAACUUGUCUCUUGUUUUUCUGCUUCUGUGGGUUUAUUUAAAUUACACUUCUUUUAUUCCAUUCCACAGAAAACGAUUCUAUAUACAGAUGACAUCUGUGUUUUCCUAAGUACCCUUGGUAACAUCUUAAAUGUUCUUUUUAAAAUUCAUGUCACUGUUGGAGCGUUUGAACAAUAAUGAAGUUUUUGUUUUAAUGUGGAAUUCUGUUCGCAUUUUCAUGGGCCCAAAUCAAAUGAUUAGCCAGAACAGGCUUGUGGAAUUAAUUCAAUUUACACAAGUAUUGACUAAUGAUUCACUUGAUUCAAUGGCUAAUAUAGUUGGGACUAACAAUUGGAUUUAGUUCCAAGUUUUUAAUUAAGGCCUAUGAAAUUUACAGGGUUCAUUCCUUACAUGCCCUGAAAAUUAGGUGUCACCUGGUUGUAGGGACUGCAGGUGCUAACUUGCAAAACAAAUGGAGACAUUGCUAAAAUCGGUUUAUAACUGUAGCUGUAUUUUGUAAUUUAUUUUGCUUUACCUCAUGCUGCUUUUUCAUCAUCAUAAGUCCUUGCUCACUUUAGCAUCUAAUCAGUGUUUAAAAUGUGUUUGUAACGUCUGUCUCUCACCUAAAUGAUCAAAUGCCACUUUGGAAGGGGAUAGCCUUAAGGACUCACUGUCACUGCCACCAAAAUGUAUUUGCACUCACUAUAGAAUCAUUGAUUGUCUAUCAGACCAGAAGCAUCUACAAUGGCAUUGGUAUUUCUGAAAUGGAAAGCAAACAACUCUUUGGUGUUUUAAGAAGCACAAUCUUAGUUGAUGCACUUUAAAAGCAAACGCAAGCAGCUGAUACUUCAAUAUAAGCACCCUCUUUCAAGAAAUCCUUUUGGAAUAAUAGGUUUGUCGAAAUGAAAUGGGACACAAAAUGUAACCCGUAAUGGAGUGUGUGAGAUUGAUGGUUUGAAGCUUUAUUUUUUAUUGCAAGUGAAUACUCGGCCAGGUUUUUUAAAAAGAAUCCCUAGAGAAGCACUGUUCUAUAGAAAUAUUUUAUGUGCCUAAAAUAUAUCCCAGUUAGCAAUGUUUCCACUGAGUUAGCUGCUACUUGCUUUGGCCAGCAAGUCCCCGGCUGAGAGGGGAAGAAGAACACUGCUUUAUGGCAUAAAAGAAAAGCUUUUGAAGUCCCAGUUUUAGUAAAACACAGUGAGAUUAUUUCCCAGGCCUACAUACAAUCUAGCCAUUGAAAUCCUUAAUGCUGACAAUUUAAUUGUUUCAAUUUUAGACUGUCUCUAAGCUCCAGAUACAAGCUAUUCAGAUUACAUUUAAUUAAAUAUGGAUCAUUGUUUGACUGGCAGUCCUCUUGCCUCUGAAGAGCCAAAAUUUGCAGUGUGCAUCUCUUUGAAAAUUGGGACUUUCAAAACUUGCUGGAUUCCAAUGGCUUAUUGUCCAAACCUGUCCUUUUGUUUUGUUUUGUUUUUAAUGUCAAUGAAACAAUUUCAGAUAUGUCUGAAGUAGUGAAGUUUUACAGAGUGAUCCUAGCUCUUGUUUGUAUAGAUGAGGGCUCUCAGAAAUUAGAUCCAGGGUCCUUAAUAGGUCCUGAAGUUUCCAUAUAGCGUGUACCAUACUUACCACAUUUCCCAUCACACAACCAUUUCUAACAAUGCAAUUGACAGAGCAAACAGAUUGAACCAGUGACCACUCUGGCUUGCCAUGGCUUUGGCCUUCCACUGCUCCUCUUAAAUUGGCCCCUUUUAAAGUAGUGCAGCAAAUGGCAAGUUGGUGUCCUUCGGAUGUUAUGGGACUACAGUGCUCAAAAUUAUACUGAUUGUUUAUGUAUGAUCUAAUCUAAAACAUCUGGAGGGCACCAGCUAACUUCCUCUGAAACUGAGGAAUUGCAUCAGUUGGAAUCUGCCGCUAGGGUUGUGUGUGUGUUGAUAUCUUUCCAGUCAAUCCUCCUUAUACACUCCAGUGUGCUUUUUUGGUGCUUAUAGUUCAAAGAGCAGCACAUGAAUCGUUGGCAGAUAGAUGUGUUUGCAAGUGGAAAUGGUGGGUCCAGCCCUUGACUUUGCUCUUUGACACAACACUUUCUCACAACAGAGUGGCUUCCCCGCUGCCUAUGGGAGUGAAUAAUUAGAAAAGGGAGAGUUAUAUGACUGAUGCUUAUUGAAUUGAGAUGGCUGUUGUCCCUCCAUAUGCAGGUGGAGAAUCUAGCUCUGUUACCAAUUUGAUGAGAAUCCUUAGAAACUCUGACUCUUAGCAUUACAAAUUUCCAGCACCUGUGUCAUUCAUAUGUGUCUUAUACUCUUAUAUUACAGGGCCCCAUCCUUUAAUUCUGACUAAAUCUAGAAUAACUUCACACCCAGAUGUGUUAUUAAUCAUUAAUGUGUUCUUGUUCUUACUGGAAUCAGACACUCAAAAUAAUGAAAUCCACAUUUCUGUUUCUUUAGCCACCAUGUUUUUGCUUUCAUGGUCUGCAGGAGUCACAAUCUAUUCCUCGUGAAUUGGGAAGCAAGUCUUGUAACUCAUUCACUUAACUAGGGAUUAAUUUAAUUAAUCUGUGCCAGCAUUAAAAAGUUCAACAAAAUUCCAGAAGUUCUUGUGACCAAAUAAUAGACACUUAAUGCACCCAAAAAUACAUGUCCUUCCUUUCUGAAGCUUUCUCCAGUUCUAAAAAUGCCAGUAAAAAUAGCACCUCUAAAGAUAUUGGGGAGCGUGAAGUUCACAUCCCAUUAUUGACAUCUUAAUAGAUUUUCUCGUUAAGGCCUGCCACAGGUGAAUGAAAUAUUUCUGAUGUUUACAGGGACAAGUUGUCUAUUGUGAAUUUACUUACCAUUCUAAUGUGAUAAAACAGUGGUUCGUGAAUGCUGCUUCUUCAGUGUUCAAAUAUGGCAUAAAGUAGCAUUCACUUUGGAUCCUUCUCUGGGAUGUGGUUAAACAGAAAUCUAGCUUUGUGAACAGGAGAAAAUAAUGUUAUUGUGGUGCCAUUCUGCUGUUGAAGGAUUGUAUGAAUUCCACAAUCAUCAUUCAGAAAUUUCGGGUCCCAGACAAGAGCGGUGUAUAGUCCAAUGUGUGAGAUUUUUUUUAAAGCCAGAGUUCUACCUCGUGUGUAUGUGCGUGUAACAAAUUUUUAUUUUCUUUAUAUUAAUUUAUCAUUAAAUCCAAAUUUUAAAUACAACGGUAAAUAAAACAACCUAAUAAAAUCUAUUGAAAACUCA